CACUCCGUACAUGUAAGGAAGAAAGCAGAAAGCAUGGUCCCUAGUGUUGUUUUUAUCGAGCCUGAUAAAAAAGUAGAAAAUCAACCAAUGAGACCUCAAAUUCUUGAAUAUCCAUUGGAUUGUAAUGCAUGGAACAAAACCAAUACAUGUCCAACAACUUAUCCAAAGUCCUAUAAACCCUUAAACCCUAACAACUCAACAUGUCCCGAAUAUUUUAGAUGGAUUCAUGAAGAUUUAAGGCAUUGGAAGAACACUGGAAUUACUCGAGAAAUGCUCGAAAAAUCGAAAAAAUAUGCACAUUUUAGAUUAAUAAUAUUGGACGGGAGGAUUUAUAUUGAGCGUUACGCGAAAUACUCGAUAGAAACUAGACAUUUAUUCACGAUGUAUGGCAUUGUACAACUCCUAAGGUUUUAUCCCGGAAAAUUGCCUAAUUUGGAGAUCAUGUUCGAUACCGAUGACCGGCCGGUUAUCCCGGAGAGGGAAUUCCGGCGACCUGAUUCCGGUCCACCGCCGUUGUUCCGGUACUGUUCAGAUUGGCAGAGCUUGGAUAUUGUUUUCCCAGAUUGGUCAUUUUGGGGCUGGGGAGAGACAAAUAUAAGGCCAUGGAGAAGUAUGCUAAAGAAUAUAAAAGAAGGGAACAAGAGAAGUCAAUGGAAAGAUAGGAUACCCUUGGCUUAUUGGAGGGGAAAUCCACUUGUUUCUCAUGUUAGAAAAGACCUUAUCAAGUGUAAUGUUACUAACAAACAAAAUUGGGACACUCUAUUAUAUCCUCAGGAUUGGAAAAAUCAAUCCAAAAUAGGGUACAAGGAGUCAAAUAUUGAAGACCAAUGCACACACAGAUACAAAAUAUAUGUUGAAGGAUGGGCAUGGUCAGUUAGUGAGAAAUACAUAUUUGCAUGUGAUUCACCAACAUUAUACAUAGAGUCUCACUUCUAUGAUUUCUUCAUAAGAGGAAUGAUCCCACAACAACAUUAUUGGCCUAUCAAUGAUAAUGACAAAUGUAAAUCUCUCAAGUUUGCUGUUCAAUGGGGAAACAAUCACACUCACAAGGCAGAAGCAAUAGGAAAGGCAGGAAGUGAAUUCAUUCAUGAAGAUAUGAAGAUGGAACGUGUUUUCGAUUACACAUACCAUCUAUUGAAUGAAUAUGCAAAGUUACAAAGAUUUGAUCCAAUUGUUCCUCAAGAUGCUACUGAAAUAUGUUCAGAAUCAUUGGCAUGUCCAUUAGAUGGUUUAUGGAGAAAGUUCAUGGAAGAAGGUUUAGAGAAAUCUCCAAGUUAUAGUGAUCCUUGUAUACUUCCACCACCUUAUGAUCCUCAACAACUGAAGACAUUUGUUGAACAAAAAGUUAAUGCCACAAAGCAAGUGAGGUCAUGGGAGAGUGAAUAUUGGUCUAGUUUAAACAAGAAGCAAUAGGGUGCCCUUUUUGUUAAGUUAUU